GAGGUUCCUCCGCCCCCUCCGGACAUCGACGGGGCCCCGGCGUAUGCUGUUCGAGCCUUACUGGACUCGAGGCGUCGGGCGAGGGGCCUUCAGUACCUCAUGGAGUGGGAGGGGUACGGUCCAAGAGAUGCUGGGUGCCGGUAGAGGACAUUUUGGACCCUUCGUUGCUACUGGAGUUCCACCGUCUCCAACCGGAUUGCCCUGCGCCUCGGCCUCCAGGUCGUCUCCGAGGUCGGUGUCGGCGCGCGGCGAGGGGAGGUACAGUAUGGACCCAGCGUAUCAUCACCCUGUUGUUUGAGGAUGAUUUCCCAGAGGAGGCUAACCAGACCACCUUUGUGAGGAUGCCCUGGCUGGAGAUCCUGGAGAAGGGGAAGACCUACACCGAGAGACCCUCUCCACGCCUCUUCUGCUCCCAUCUACACCAGCAACUUAUGCCCAAGGGCCUGCAGAAGAAGAGGGCCAAAGUAAUCUAUGUGACCAGGAACCCUAAAGACAUCAUGGUGUCCUACUUCCACUUCUCUAAGUUCAUGAAGAAUCUGGACAGUCCAGAACACUAUGACGAGAUGCUGGACAAGUUCUUCUGUGGAUGGAUGCUUGGUGGCUGCUGGUUCGACCAUGUCAGAGGAUGGUACAACAACCAGGACAAAUACAACAUCCUGUUCCUCAGCUAUGAAGAGAUGAUCAAGGACCUGAGAUCGGUGGUAGAGCGUCUGGCUGAGUUUGUCGGGAAGAGCCUAUCUGAUGCAGCUAUAGACAGCAUAGUGGAGAAAGUCACCUUCAAUAACAUGAAGAAAGAUGACAAGGCCAACUAUGAGUUCUUGCCUGAGAUCGGCAAUGACAAGAAGAAGGGAAAGUUCCUACGCAAAGGUACCAUAGGAGACUGGAAGAACUCAUUGACGGUGGCUCAGAGUGAACGCUUUGACCAGAUCUAUCAGGAGAGGAUGAAGGACCUGUCUCUCAACUUCGUCUGGGACAUCACAGAGCUUCACGGCUGAUACAGACACACAGUGGUGGUUCUAGUUAGUAUGUGGUUUUCACAUAAAUAUGGUUCCCAAUCAGAGACAACGAGAAUCACCUGACUCUGAUUGAGAACCGCCUCAGGCCCCCAUAGACUAUGCUAGAAAACCCCACUAAGCCACAAUCUCAAAACCUACGAAAAAAAAAACAUACAUAAACACAACACAAAAUAACCCCAUGUCACACCCUGGCCUGACCAAGUAAAUAUAGAAAACACAAAAUACUAAGACCAGGGCGUGACAGUAUGGCUCCUUGGCCCCCCCCCCAAAAAAGCAUCAUUCAGCACUAAAUAAAUUACAACAUAUAAAAAUACUAAAAUAAGACUCAUAAAUAUCAAAAAGUAACAAAGACAAAUAUAAACAAAUUGCACCAAUCAUAUAUCACACAAAUACACAAAGAGAAUAACACAUGCUGCCCCCGGCAAGAUGCAGCACCAUGCUGCCCCCGGCAAGAUGCAGCCCCAUGCUGCCCCCGGCAAGAUGCAGCCCCAUGCUGCCCCCGGCAAGAUGCAGACCCAUGCUGCCCCCGGCAAGAUGCAGACCCAUGCUGCCCCCGGCAAGAUGCAGCCCCAUGCUGCCCCCGGCAAGAUGCAGACCCAUGCUGCCCCCGGCAAGAUGCAGACCCAUGCUGCCCCCGGCAAGAUGCAGCCCCAUGCUGCCCCCGGCAAGAUGCAGACCCAUGCUGCCCCCGGCAAGAUGCAGCCCCAUGCUUCCCCCGGCAAGAUGCAGCCCCAUGCUGCCCCCGGCAAGAUGCAGACCCAUGCUGCCCCCGGCAAGAUGCAGACCCAUGCUGCCCCCGGCAAGAUGCCGCCCUGGGCGGCUGCCCAUGUCACCUAUGCCUAAAUCCUCCACUGCAUACACCAUACUUUCUCUCUCUCACUCUCUCACUCACUCACAAACACAAAUACAUUCUCUCUCUCUCUCUCUCUCUCACACACACACACACACACACACACCUUAAAUAUUAUUUCCAUGAACUGUUAAAUUUAGUUCCACAAAUAUCCUACUCUUUUAAUAAUGUGAAUAAAAAUGAAAUAUAUUCAUUUAAUUAAAAUACUCAUGCAAAUAUAAUCGGUAUAAUAUACUUCAUUACAUUAAAAUGGAAUAUUGUAGUAA